GCUUGUUGCAGACCACAGGAGAGCGGGAUUUCCUGUCACGGAGUAAGGUUAUCCCGGAUCCGGCAAUCCAUCCCACUUGCAAUUGUGACUGUAUUCACCCCGCGGUCAUGGGCGAUAGACAUUUUUUUCCAACCCCGCCACAACGAGACGACGACGUCAAAGCGCAUCCUGCUUUGAAGCCAACGCGCAGCGCAGCAACUUUUCACCAUGCACCAGGUUCUGGUCGGCGAGUCGUGCUUCACGGCUUCGGAGUUGCAGAAGCUCGUGCAGCGCAUCAACGAUCAGAGCUCUGUCAAGGUCGCCGAGCUUUCCGGAUCAUGGCAAUACUAUGUCGAUCUCGAGACCGAGGACCCGGCCGUUCUCGCCAAGGUCAAGCAGAUUCUGCAGGCCAUUGAGCAUCCUGCCGCCGCUACUUCGACCGGAACUAAUGGAAAGACUGUCGAAAUCUUCAUCUCCCCUCGAAACCAAUCGCCAUGGAGCUCCAAGGCCUCCAGCAUCGCCGUCGUUUGCGGCCUGAAGACCGUGAACCGCAUCGAACGAGGCCGAGCCGUUACCGUCACAUUCGAGGAGGAAUACAAGGGAGAGCAGGACCUGGCCUUCAAAGAUGUCAUCUACGACCGCAUGACCGAGCUCUUCAGCACUUCCCCUCCUGUCCUCGACGACAUGUUCGCUCACGGAGCCCGAAACCCCCUGGUUGUUGUCGACAUCUUUUCCGAUGAAAAGGGUCCUCUCGCUGCUCUCGAGGAGCAUAAUAAGAAGGCUGGACUUGGCCUUGACAAGCCCAACAUGGAAUAUUUGGUCAAGCAGUACACUGCCCUCGGACGAUCGCCCAAUGACGUUGAGCUUUUCAUGUUUGCUCAAGUCAACUCGGAGCAUUGCCGACACCACGUUUUCAAUGCGUCUUGGACCAUUGAUGGUGAGAGCCAGCCCAACAGCCUCUUUGGCAUGAUCAAGAACACGCACAAGAAGAACCCCGACUAUGUCAUCAGUGCCUACUCCGACAACGCUGCUGUUAUGUCUGGCGAGGAGGGCAACUUCUGGGCCCCUGAUUACUCCACUGGCAGCUGGAAGCUUACCAAGGAGGUUGUCCAGCCUUUGAUUAAGGUUGAAACCCACAACCACCCCACCGCCAUUUCUCCCUUCCCCGGUGCCGCCACGGGUAGUGGAGGUGAGAUCCGUGAUGAAGGUGCUGUAGGACGUGGCUCUGCCCCUAAGGCAGGUCUCUGCGGUUUCUGGGUUUCGGACCUUUUGAUCCCUGGCAACAAGCAGCCCUGGGAGGUUGAUAUUGGACGACCUUCCCACUACGCUUCCAGUCUCGACAUUAUGCUGGAAGCUCCCAUUGGUUCCGCGCGAUUCAACAACGAGUUUGGUCGCCCUGCCCUUACUGGAACUUUCAGAACUCUUCUCACGAAUGAAGCUGAGUCUGAGGCCCCCGAGUACCGGGGUUACCACAAACCCAUCAUGAUUGCUGGUGGUAUCGGAAGUGUUCGACCUCAACAUGCCCUCAAGGAGGAGGCUCACGUUGAAGAUGGCGCCCAUGUUAUCGUUCUUGGAGGUCCUGCCAUGCUUAUCGGACUUGGUGGUGGCGCGGCCUCAUCAAACCAAGGCACUGAGGAUACCGCAGAUCUUGACUUUGACAGUGUCCAGCGUGGAAACCCCGAGAUGGAGCGACGUGCUCAGAUGGUUAUCAACACCUGCGUUGCCUUGGGCCCUGAGAGCCCCAUCGCUUUCAUCCACGAUGUGGGUGCCGGUGGUCUUUCCAAUGCUCUUCCUGAGCUUGUGAAGGAUGCUGGAUUUGGUGGCAAGUUCGAGCUUCGACAGGUCGAAAGCGCCGACAACUCCAUGUCCCCUCUCCAGAUUUGGUGUAACGAGGCACAGGAGCGAUACGUCCUCCUUGUUAACCGAGAUGGUCUCAACCGCUUCACUAGCAUCUGCCGACGAGAGCGUUGCGGAUUCUCCGUCGUUGGAAAUGCUGUUUCCCAAGCAGAGAGUGGCGUUGCCAAGCUGGUCCUGACAGACCGCGAGCCCACUGCUCAACCCCCCAUCGACCCCAUCAACCUCCCCAUGGAUGUUCUCUUCCCCCCUGGACGAAGAGUCUCUAAGGACGUUCAGAGAGUUCAGAAGAACCUGCGUCCCUUCGAUGCCGUGAAGAGCAUGACGGAACAGUGCGGUUCGUCCGAUCUUGGCCAGAUGAUCACCAAGGCUACGGAGCUAGUCUUCAACUUGCCCUCCGUUGGAUCCAAGAGCUUCCUCAUCACCAUUGGUGACCGUACUGUUGGUGGUUUGUCUGUUCGAGACCAGCUUGUUGGCCCCUGGCAGACUCCUGUCGCCGAUGUUGCUGUCACCCUCACUAGCUUCAGCGUCGACGAGAAGACUCGUCGAGGUGAGGCCAUGGCCAUGGGAGAGAAGCCUACUCUUGCUUUAGUCUCUGCUGCCGCCUCCGCCCGAAUGGCUGUUGCCGAGAGUUUGAUGAACCUUGGUGCUGCUGAUAUCAAGCCUGGUCCUGUCAACGGAGACUUGAAGCGUGUCAAGCUCUCUGCCAACUGGAUGGCGGCCGUAGGCCACCCUGGCGAGGGUGCCGCCCUCUACGAUGCCGUUCAAGCCAUCGGCAUGGAACUUUGCCCUGAGUUGGGCAUCUCCAUCCCUGUUGGCAAAGACUCACUGUCAAUGAAGGCUUCUUGGAAGGACAAGGAGACUACCGAGUCUAAGACUGUUACUGCUCCAGUUUCUCUCGUUAUCUCGGCCUUCAGUCUGGUCGAGGAUGUACGCAGCACUUGGACACCUCAGCUCCGUCGUGUUGAGGAGGUUGGCGACAGUCUACUUAUCUUUGUUGAUCUUGCUCAAGGCUUCAAGGCUAUGGGGGGUUCUGCCCUGGCUCAGUGCCUAGGCCAGAUCGGGAACGAGGUCCCUGACGUCCGCGACGUCGAGCUGGUCCGCGACUUCUUCGACGCUAUGUGGCAAUUGCACCAGGAAAAUAUCGUCCUGGCCUACCACGAUCGCUCAGACGGAGGUUUGCUUACCACUGUCGCCGAGAUGAUGUUCGCCGGUCGAUGCGGUGCUGAAAUCUCCCUUGAUAACCUUGCCAAGUCUGACGCCGAGGUUCUUGACACUCUCUUCAACGAAGAGCUCGGUGCCGUUUUCCAGAUCCGACGAAGCGACGAGAUCAAGUUCAAGCGUUGCUUCGCUACCUGCGGUCCUCCUCCUGGCUUGAUCAAGACAAUUGGUUACGUUCGACCCACAUCUAAGCAGUCUCUUGUCGUCAGGUACAAAGCCAAGGCGCUUGUUGACCUGGACCGAACUCAGAUCCAGCAAUGGUGGUCAAGCACUUCCUAUGAGAUGCAGAAGCUCCGUGAUGACCCCGCUUGUGCCCAGUCAGAGUUUGAUUCCAUCAAGGAUAACAAGGACCCUGGUCUUCACUUCAAGUUGAAGUUCGACCCUGCGGACGUCAGCCUACCGACCAUGACUAACCUUAAGAGCCUGGUUUACAAGCCUAGAGUUGCAAUCUUGCGAGAGCAGGGCGUGAAUGGCCAUGCCGAAAUGGCCUUUGCUUUCCGAGCCGCGGGCUUCGACGCCGUCGAUGUCCACAUGUCCGACAUUUUGGACGGCUUCUCACUGGAUGGAUUCCGUGGUUUGGCUGCCUGUGGUGGUUUCUCUUACGGUGACGUUCUCGGUGCUGGUAAUGGAUGGGCUCAAUCCAUUCUCAUGCAUGACGGCGCCCGCAAGACUUUUGAGGCUUUCUUCCAGCGAGCCGACACCUUCUCCUUUGGUGUCUGCAACGGUUGCCAGAUGCUUACUAGACUCAAGGAGUUGAUUCCUGGAGCCGAAGCCUGGCCCACGUUUGUCGAGAACGCGAGCUCCCAGUUUGAGGGCCGAGUUUCCAUGGUGACCAUUGAAGAUAAAUCAGCCAACUCGGUAUUCUUCUCUGGUAUGACUGGAUCAUCUCUCCCCAUUGUCGUGUCACAUGGUGAAGGCCGAGCCGAGUUUGCUUCUGAUGGCGAUCUGCCUUCACUCAACGGCAACGGACUCAUUCCACUCCGUUACAUCGAUAACUAUGGACAGGUCACGGAGCAGUACCCUUCCAACCCCAACGGCAGCCCCCAGGGUAUCGCCGGUGUGAAGAGCAGGGAUGGCCGUGUUGUGGCUAUGAUGCCUCAUCCGGAGCGAACCAUCAUGGCCGAUGUUGGAUCGUGGAAGCCCGAAGACCAGCUUGCUGAGUGGGGCCAGUAUGGACCUUGGUUCCAGCUGUUCUUGAAUGCGCGCAAGUGGGUUGGCUAAGUAAGAAAAGAAAAUAGGUUCGUUCAUUGAAAGGUGUUUUGGGAUUUAUGGAUGAUUUUACGGCUAUGGAUGGAUAAGAAACAGAAAAGAUUUCGAUGAUGGUUUGUAGAUGAGGGUUUACCUAAGGUAUUUAUAUAAGUGAAAAAGGGUUAGGGUCUAACUCUAGAAAUAAGUAUUAUCUAGAGGCUUAUCUUGCCCUUCUGCUUUGCCUUUCCGCCAA